CUAGUUCAGCUGAUGCCGACGCUUUUAAGGUCAACAAGGAAAACAAUUUGGCAAGUAUGGUACAUUUCAGCAGGAAAGUUGCACACGUUUCUUAUACACACUUAUGAACUAUUGUAUGGAAAAUGUCUCACGAAUACGUCCAACCUACUUUGAACGAGAACGAGGAUUGCAAAUGCAAUUUUGCUCCUUCACCACUUUUGGAGUGCUCCUAAUGAUGCUAUUAUGAAUGGGAAAAUGGUUAAAGUUUAGAGACGAAAAAUGAGUGCCUUGAUGGAGCUUGUAACUCUUGUCCCAUGUUGUUUCUUCUUCAUAGCUUUAAUAAAGUUCCUUUAUGAUUACCUAUGGAUACCUCUCCGUAUACAGCAUAUGCUGAAUUCACAGGGGAUCAAAGGACCUCCUUACAGAUUCAUCCAUGGCAACAACAAGGAAAUCGCCAAAAUGAGACAAGAAGCAUCAAUCAAACCUAUGGCCUUGACGCAUGAUAUAUUUCCCAAAGUGCAGCCACAGAUUUACUCCUGGAUCAACAAAUACGGGAGGAAUUAUCUUUUUUGGAACGGUGUUCGAGCUGAACUUGUGAUUUCAGAACCUGAACUAGUGAGAGAUACUAAAAAAUAGUGAAAAAACUUUCCCGAAAAGGAAGCCUACCAUUUACCUUAGCAAGCUACUAGGGAAGGGGCUUGUGACGGUUGAGGGUGAAAAAUGGGCGAAGCAGAGGAAGCUGGCGAAUUACGCUUUUCAUGGGGAAAGCUUAAAGGUGAACCCCUCGAAACAUGUGAUUAGUUGUAAACUAAUGUUAAAGAAUUUUAUAUUGUUGGAGAAUUGCUUUUGCAGAACAUGACACCAGCUGUAAUUGCUAGCGUUGAAACAAUGCUAGAGAAAUGGAAAGGCCAAGAAGGCAAAGAGAUUGAAGUGUUCCAUGAAUUUAGAUUAUUGACUUCAGAAGUGAUAUCAAGAACAGCUUUUGGUAGCAGUUACUUGGAAGGAGAGAAGGUUUUUGCCAUGUUGAACAAGCUGUCAAUAAUUAUGAGUCGAAAUCUUUAUAAUACUAGAAUUCCUUUGAUCAACAAGUUAUGGAAACCUGCCGAUAUGCUAGAGUCUGAAGAACUUGCAAAAGAAAUACAAUAUUGUGUGAUGAAGAUGGUUAAGAAAAGAGAAGACAGAGUUGUGAAUGGAGAAGCUGAUAGCUUUGGGAAUGAUUUUCUAGGAUUACUUGUAAAUGCCUAUCAUGAUUCGGACAAAAAUAACAAGCUUUCAAUGGAAGAUCUGGUGGAUGAAUGCAAAACAUUCUAUUUUGCAGGACAAGAUACUGUUAAUGCCUUGCUUGCCUGGACAGUCUUGCUUUUAGCAAUCCAUGGAGAUUGGCAAGAUAAAGCAAGAAGGGAGGUGAUUGGCAUAUUUGGUAACCAAAAUCCACAACCGGAAGGCAUUGCAAAACUCAAAACUAUGACGAUGAUCAUUAAUGAAACUCUAAGAUUGUAUGGUCCAUCAAAUGGAAUGUUGAGAAGAGUUGGAAGAGAAGUUCAAAUGGAAAAGGUAGUCCUCCCUGCUAAUAUAGAUAUUCUAAUUGCAAAUGUUGCACUUCACCAUGACCCUCAACUGUGGGGAGAAGAUGUGCAUCUUUUUAAACCAGACAGAUUUGCGGAAGGGAUUGCCAAAGCUACCAAUUACAAUACGGGUGCAUUUUUUCCCUUUGGAUUGGGACCUCGAACUUGUGUUGGUAUGACCUUUGCAACCACAGAAACCAAGAUUGUUCUCUCCAUGAUCCUACAACGCUAUGCUAUUACCCUUUCCCCUGCCUAUGUCCACUCACCAAUACCUAUAAUCAGCCUUAAACCACAACAUGUAAUUCAAGUAAUGCUCAAGUCACUGCAUAGCGAUGCUUGAUGUUUCAUCGCUGUUGUUAUCAACAAUCUGAAAAAGAUGGGUAUGAAUGCAUUUAAUACGUAUUAUCGAGUUAA